AUGGUAGGAAAAAUGAUGAGUCUAAUGAAGCUUAAGAAGUUUGUAAAGAAGCUAAGGUGGUGCAUGAAAGUGUUACAAUUGCAACCAAUUCGAACGAUCCCUAGUAACGAAGAGUUGGUGGAGAUCCUAGGCCAAAAGGCGGCAUUGCCACCAAAAGGGCAUUUCGCGGUGUUAGCAGGGAAGGGUGAUGACGAGGAGGCCGAGCUGAGGAAGUUUGUGGUGGAGUUAAGGUUUUUAAGAAACCCUACACUUUUGAAGUUGUUAAAAGAAGCUGAAGAAGAGUAUGGUUUUCAACAAGAAGGUGCAUUGGUUGUACCUUGUAAGCCUGAAGAAUUAAAAAAGAUAUUAUUGGAGGACAAAUUCUAA